AUGACCCAGGGAAAGGUUUCUGUCACAAAUAAGCCCUCAGAGAGUGAAGGAGGUAAUGCAAAUGUGCAGUCAAGUACCCUGGCUCCCUCAGUACCUCCUUCCUAUGAGGAAGCGACAGCAGAAGAUGGGAAGAAGGCUGGUUUUCUUGAAACAUCUCCUACUGUGAUCCCAUAUCCUAACUGGACACAAGAUGACACAGGCAGCAGCCCCGGCUAUGGCAGUGGAGCCUAUUCCGGAGACAACGAGAUGCUGACCUCAAUGAGCUGGGAGGAUGACAGGGUGCGCCGGUCAUUUAUUAGGAAGGUGUAUUCAAUCCUUUCCUUACAGCUGCUGGUUACUGUGGCCAUUGUGGCUCUUUUUACCUUCAGUGACCCAGUGAAGGAGUAUGUUCAGGAAAAUCCUGGCUGGUAUUGGGCUUCAUACGCGGUUUUCUUUAUAACAUAUCUGGUUCUUGCCUGCUGCACUGGACCAAGGAGGCAUUAUCCAUGGAACCUGAUUCUUCUCAGUAUCUUUACUCUUUCCAUGUCAUACAUUACAGGAAUGUUAUCCAGCUAUUAUAACACCACGUCUGUGAUAUUGUGUCUUGGAAUCACUGCUCUUGUCUGCCUCACUGUAACCUUGUUCAGUUUCCAAACCAAGGUUGACUUCACUUCUUAUCAUGGUGUCCUCUUUACACUGGUCAUGGUACUUCUAUUCAGUGGACUUUUCCUUGUCAUCCUAAUUCCAUUCCAAUAUGUACCAUGGCUUCACGUGGUCUAUGCUGUUCUUGGGGCUAUAGUGUUUACCAUGUUUCUUGCAUUUGACACUCAGAUGUUGAUGGGAAGCCGACGUUACACGCUCAGUCCUGAGGAGUACAUUUUUGGAGCGCUGAACAUCUACUUGGACAUCAUCUACAUCUUUUCAUUCCUCCUUCAGUUGUUUGGCACAACCCAUGACUGAAGACUUGCUUAAAA